AUGGAGCAGGCCGUCCUCAACGACCUGUCCUACGGCCGCCACGGGAGCGGCGGAGCCGCCGACAAUCCCCAGACGGCCUACGUCGACCAGCUGUCGCCCCCCGGCCAGGCGCCUCCGUCUGUGGGGCAGUGGGCGCAGCGCUACCUCGACUACCCCGGGUGGCAGCCAGCGGACGACUACUGGAGCAUGGGAGCCACAGCGCUCUCCAUGCUCUCCCUGUCGUCCGGCUGCACCGCCCACGACCUCAAGCCGCCAUUCUUCGUCAUGAAGGCGAUGAUGGAGGAAUACCAGAGGCUCGGGGACGCGAGCGGCGACGAGUGGACACCCGGCAAGUGGCACAUUCGCGCCAUGCAGCUUGCCAGCAUCGUCGCCGACGCAUGCGACGUUGGGCCGCGGCAGAUGGAGGACGCCGACGCCUUCGGAGGGGGGCAAUGGGAGGGCCAGGAGGGAGAGCAAGAGCAAGAGGACGAGCCUGACUCGGGUGAGGAGGUUGGAGCGGGGCAAGGGGAGGGCCAGGGGGAGCAAGACGACGAGCCUGAGGAGUACAAGUGGGUCAAGUCUUCUGUCAACCGCAACCUCUCGCGGUACCACUGGGUCGAGGACGACGUCAGGGAGGCCGCCUUCGGCCCACUGCGUGCGGAGCAGCCAUCGGCCAGCCUGCAGCUCACCCCCGCCGAGAGGGCCGCCGUCGAGGCGCUCCACGGCAAGAAGGGCGACAGUUUCUCGCUCGAGAGUGCCGCCAAGGCCAUCCUGGCGGAGACCAUCGUGAGCGUCAGCCCGUACGAGCGUACGGUGGCGAUGGCGGAGCGGGCGGUGCGGAUGCUGGUGUUGCUGGUGGAGCUGUGGGCUGGCGUGGUGUAUCCCGUUCAUGAUGGCCUGCCGUGACUGACGAGUGUCUGGGCUGGAGGGGGUGCUGUGCGUGUGUGUGUGUGUG